UAACACUGAAUUACAAAUUUUAACAGUGUGAAACAGUAUGUUUUGAAAUUUAGGGUGAUUAUUAGAACCAUAGAAAAAAACAGGGAGGGGCGAGAGGGUUGGGGAAAAAAGGCACGCCUCGUGCCCUUGGAGUUAAUCAUUGGUUGGAGCCACAGGGAAGGGGAGGGGCCUCGGUGUCACUGUUUCUGUAGAGAGAGAGGCAGAGUGAGCAAGACAGCAAAGGAGGAUAAAUGAACACGGGGGGUUCUCCCAGCAUCGGUAUGCCUGCCUACCUCAUUUCCAGUCCAGACACAGUUGCUGCUCCUCUGGAUAGAAAUAACAGCUGAGGUGUGUUUGCAUGUGUGUGCUCAUUUUAAAUACCAGUUAUUCCGUGCACCGCCUUCAUUCUCUUAGCUUACGCCAGUCUGCUGUGAUUUUACUGCGAAGGACCAGACAGAAACUGACUAGAGCAAGCGGACAUGGAGCAGUGGUGAAAAGAGGGGUAAAGGAAAGCCAAGAAACACAAGGAAAAACAAAGAAGAAACAGGAGAGAGAAGCAGAAGGACAGAAUAAAAAGGAGAUAUUAUGCUUAAUGUCUCCUUCCCUCAAUUCAUUAACAAUGAAUGACAAUAAUGUCUUUUCAUUGUAAGUGACUCUGUGGACUAUAAACACAUACGAGAGCUUUCUGCAGCUGCAGCAGAUGUUGAAGACAUCUUUGACUUUAUAGGGAUUGGAGGCAUUUCAAGCAAAGACUGGCCUGGAAUUUCUUUAAACAAAGUCACAUUUUUUAUUUUUUCUCCUUUUUGUGCCUUCAGCUGGGAUGUUUGCUUUACUAAAUAAAAGGAAUACACACGUUUCUUUUUUGUGUUAAUCUGUUUUUACGCAGGGGGUUUUCUAUCUUUUGUGUAAACCCACAACUGCGUGCACCGAGGACAAACCCAGGGGGCUUCCUCACCUCUCGUUGUCCUUUCCAUCGCUCUUGCAUUUGAAAUGGCAGAUGGCAGCAGUCUCUUUAUGGUACCACAGCAUGCAGCUUUUUGUUUGGACUGAAACCAUACAGCUACAAGAUGAUGAAUUCCACCCUGGAUCCACUGAACCAAAGCUCUGCUGACCCGUCAAACUUAUCUGUGCCCUUCUGCCUGCUUGAGAUAGGCUAUUCCCAGAUUUUCACCACCUGUAUGCUUGAAAUCUCUAUCAUACUUCUUCUUACUGUUCUCAUAAUUUCUGGUAACCUGGUGGUGAUUUUUGUGUUUCACUGUGCCCCCUUGCUUAGCCAGCACACUACCAGUGCUUUCAUCCAGACUAUGGCAUAUGCUGAUUUACUGGUGGGGGUCAGCUGCCUGUUCCCCUCUCUGUCCCUCCUCCAUCACCUCAAGGGCCUCGACCCCAAACUCACCUGCCAGGUGUUCGGGUAUAUGGUGUCUGUUUUAAAAUCAGUUUCAAUGGUGUCGUUAGCAUGUGUGAGUGUAGACCGCUACGUUGCCAUCACACGACCUCUGACUUAUGCAUCCCUGGUGACACCUUGUCGAAUUCGAUGCUGCAUCGUUCUAAUAUGGUUGUACUCUGCUAUAGUGUUCCUCCCAUCGUUUGUGGGGUGGGGGAAACCUGGUUAUCACGGGGAUGUGGUGGAGUGGUGCGCAGUUGAGUGGAGGACUCGUCCGGCUUUCACAACUUUUAUUGUUGCACUGCUCUACGCCCCAGCUGCUCUCACUGUGUGCUUUACCUACGCCAACAUCUUCAAGAUCUGUCGGCAGCACACCCGGGAGAUCAGCGAGCGCCGGGCACGAUAUCGACCACAACAGCUGCAGGGCCCAGGCUUGACAGUGGGAUCUGCGUUCAAGGACAACAGUGCAGUAGAGCAAGGGCAGUUGCCCCACUUGUCUCAACCACAAAAAUCUCAACCACAGUAUCAGCAGCCCACAUCAACAUACCCAGACAAGCGAUACGCUAUGGUACUGUUCCGCAUUACUAGCGUGUUUUAUAUCCUUUGGUUGCCCUACAUCCUCUACUUUCUGUUGGAGAGUGGAGGGAUCUAUCACCACCCUGCAGCCUCAUUCCUAACCACGUGGCUUGCCAUCAGCAACAGUUUCUGCAACUGUCUCAUCUAUAGCCUCUCCAACUCUGCCUUCAGGAAGGGGCUCAAACGUCUCUGCUCCUUCUGUUUACAGCGCAGUGGCAGUGACUUUCGGGUUAGGAACACUAAAAAGGCUUUUGUUGGUUCUGUUGAAAAAGGAUGUGACGUGCCGGCGUAUGGAUACGGACAUGGGGAAAUAGGAAUUGGCACAACAUGUCAUGUGUAGAGCACACACAGAGGAAACCCUUGUGCCAAAUUGGCAUUUAAAAAAAAAAAACUGAUGUGAUUGCUGUAAUAUGUCUCCUCUUUUAUGCUUAAAUGUGCUGUAAAGAGAUGGAAGGAGGCAUUGAUCAUUCACUGCUGUUUCUGUCGCACUUGGAGGUUACAUAGGCGUCCUCUCUGCAGACGCCACAGCUAGCAAAGACAGAGAAAGAGAGUCAAGAGCAAAACACUGAAGGAGAAAAGGCCUAAAUAGCCCCGCAACGUGUUUUAAAAUGGUCCUAGAAAAACCCCAUACUGUACUGUGUAUGGACAGGGGUGAUAAAUGGAAAGGGUUGGGAUGGAGGAGAAAAAGGUGUCU